ACCGUGAGAAGCUUCCAAACUGUCAGUACGGCCAGAGCUGCGGGCCGUGUGGGGAGGACGGGACCGCUGUGUCGGUGAACGAGCAGGAAUGGACAGCUCUCCCCCCUCUCCGACUCCACAUUUGGACCUGGCUAACUUCGAGGACGGCCGGGGCAGCCGCUACGUGCUAACUAGCCCCCGCUCCCUGGAGGCCUGCGCCCGGCUGGGGAUCAGGCCUGUGGAUCUGCUGCCCAAAUCCCUGCAGGAGCUGCUGGAUGAGUACCCGGGGGCCUCGGUGAGGGCGGUGGAGGAUAUGUACCAAGCCACCGAGAAAGAUCGACGCUCCAGGCUGAGGAGGUGCAGAGACCUGAGGCAGGAGCUCAUGGAGAGAGAACAGGUGGAGAGGGUCCACAAAGAUGCUGGUGACCCAGUUCCCCAGGAAGGCAGAUCCCAGCUCCAGGCCUCCUCCACUGACUGGUGGGAUCACAGGCCUAGGAAACUGUAUCAGCAGGGAAAAGGAGAAGGGCAUACAAGCCUCAUGAGGUCCCUGAGCCUUGGAGAUCUGAGUCUUGGAGACCUGUCCCACCCAGAGGUGCAUGUCAAAAAGGUAGCUAAGAAGUUUGAAAGGGAAUCCAGGGUGGUCGUUUCUGAGAGAGAUAAGAAGAUUGCAGCCCUGAUGAUACUGAAACACCAAGAAGAGGAGCAGGCCAAGAAAAGAAAGCUGGUGGCAGAACAAGCCUGGGAGGAUGUGAAGUACCAAGAAACGAGUUUUAAGAAGUUGCUGCACCAUUAUGAAAAGCUGGACGGUGAAAUGACAAAUUUAGACAAGAGCGUGAGUAAAAGCUGCAAAGGGGGCAUGUAUCUGGAUGGGCUCGCAACGAUGAGGAUGUACAGCAAUAGGGCAAGGAAGAAGCUGGCCACAGAUCAGUUUCGUCCAGGCUUGGUAAAAGCCAAGCCUUCAGGGGGACAGGAUAACGUUCUUCCUGAAGAAAAGGUCAUUCAAGUCGUCAAAGCCAAAAUGGUGAGAGAAUUGCAAAAUAAAAAGAAUAUCCAGGUAAAAAAUCAGUAUGAGAUGUUGCGACACUCCCAGCGGAAAGAGAUGGUGGAUAGUCAAGCGAAAGUAGAAGAACUCUUCAAGAAAAUGAGCAUCCAGCAGAAAGAGCAAAAGGCUCAGGAGCUUCAUGAGUUGAUACUUAAAGAGAGAAACCAGGGACUGAAAGAAAAAGCAGCCAGAGAGGAUGAACAGAUACUAAUGGCAAAGAUCAGGGCUGAGCAGCAACAAAAAGAGCAGAUGAAACACAAAAAGAUUCUUGUUCAACAAAAGGACCAGAAGAUCCAGCAAGCUAUAGAUUCACAGGAAAAGAACAUUCAGUCCAAAGCUGAAAGGACAAGAGUAUGGAACACGAUAAAACAGAGGAAUCACCAGCUUUUAAAGCAAAAACGAGAAGAAGAAGAGGAAAACCACCGAAAAAUGGUAGAAAAGAUAAUAAAAUUAAAAGAUAGGAAGAGUGACCAGUUAAUUAGAGAAAGAGAAGCCACAGUCGAGGAAGGGAAGAAAAUAGCCAGGGCCUCAUUUCAUAUGAGAGAUCAAAUUAGACAGAAAACGAGAAAUAGAACCUUUGACCAAAUGGUGCUCGAUGCCCAGCUUAAUGCCAGUUUGAAAUUUACUCCAUAAGUGAAAUAUGAUAUCCAGUUUACAUUGUGCCAUUAAGAUUCAGACCAUGACAAUAUUUGUUAUAUCAAAUCUUUUUAUGCCAUGAUAGAAGUUGGUUUUAACAGUAUGACGUUUUAGGGUUAUACACUACAUUCUGAAUUGUCUGGAAAUUAACCAGGGAAAUGUACAUUUAAGCCAAAUAACUGAACUAGAAACAUAGUUGACUUAAAUAUUUUUUCAGUUCAGCUAAUUUAGCCUAGCACUUGCAUUUUCUUGAUGAAUUCCCAAUAAUACCCAGUUUAGUUAACGACCAUAUAUGAGUGUAAGAAUGAUGGACAGUUCAUUCUAGCUGUAGUUGUGCAUUCAUCUCACUCUCAAAUGGUAAUGUGAAGUUCUUUCUGUUUAACACCAUAAAAUGUGUUUAUUAGUGUGUUUUUACAGUAACCAUGGUGACCAGAAGAAAUGGAGCCUACAUAGUUCAAUUGAAAAAGUAUUCUCAGAUGAUCCCUGCAGGACUUUCUAAUUACAUAUCCUAUACUAAACACCAGUAUGAGUAUGAGGUCAUAGGAAGGCCUCCUGAUGUGCACUGUACCUUACUCAGAAUGCCCAUUUUUAAAUUGGUACAAUAUCUCAUGCUGAUAGUGAAUAUAUAUUCAUAAAAUAAAUAUAAGAAAAAUAUUUAUAAAACCAGUAUAUAUGUGUGUGUGUGUGUGUGUACAGAGAAUUCCAGUAAACAGUAUUACCUAAUCAACCAUAACUACCCCUUACAGCCAUGAUUACAGACUCCUCAAUAUCUCUAUCUUUGUAUUCCACCAUGAAUAAUAUUUGAACAUGUUUGAUCUUUAAAUGGAACAGCAAUUUAAAUUUCUCCCUUAACCAUUGGGUUUAUGAUAGCCAUAGUAAUUAAUAUACCGUUAAUUUAAUUUUAAUCUAUAUGCUACUAUUUAAGAUGUAGGAGUUGACAACGUUAAGACUACAUUAAAUGAUUUGCUUUAAAAAUUAUUACUUUUAAAUAGCAAUGUGAAACUGUCUCAUCAUUGCUAUUAUAUUGAUACAAUUGUAUCGCCACAUCAGAAAAAUAUUUUAGCGGCAUUAUAAUGCCAUUUAUAAUAAAGGGCAUUGUUAUAGCCGUGAAUACACAACUGUAGGUGGUGUUGUAAUAACAAGGUAUAUAGCCCUAUACCCUAAGAUGCAGGUUUAGGAAUGGUUUGAAGGAUUAGACUUAGGGGGUACCCGCCUUCAAGAAUUAUGGGAGUUACACCACAUCAUCUUGAAGAUAGUUACCCUCUAUCGCUAAUUUUCUGUUAACCCUAGUCCCCCCCCCCACUUUUACUGCACACACCACCCAACCCAAAUCUUACCUUAACCUCGUUAUAAAUGUCAUCAUUGUUAUAGGCAUUGUAAUGCUGCUGCCUUAUUAUGGGCACAGCAUCAUUACUGGUUUUCUAUAGAUAUGCUAUUCAAAGCUCUUCAUUUAGACGGCAUCAUACUGGUUUAAAUGACCUCAUUUUGAUUUAUUUAAAAAAAGACACUAUAAACACCAAAACAACUUUAGCCAAAUGAAGCUGUUUUGGUGUAUAGAUUAUGCCCCUGCAAUCUAACUGCUUAAAGGGAAACUCCAGUGCUAGGAAGACAAUCUGUUUUCCUGGCACUGCACGUACCCUCUCCCUCCAACCUCCCAUCCCAGGUAGCUGAAGGGGUGAAAACCCCUUCAGGUCACUUACCUGAGACCCUGCCGAUGACCCUCGGCAGUGGUUUCGGGUUGGCGUCGCUCCUCCCAGUAAUUACGUCAGCCGGUGGGCGAGACUGAUUCCGUGCACGCGCAUUAGGUCUCCCCAUAGGAAAGCAUUGAAAAAGAUUUUCAAUGCUUUCCUAUGGGGAAUUGAGCGACGCUGGAGGUCCUCUUUGUUAUGAAUCAGGAAGUGCCCUCUAGUGGCUGUCUAAUAGACAGCCACUAGAGGUGGAGUUAACCCUGCAAUGUAAUUAUUGCAGUUUAUAAAAAACUGCAAUAAUUACACUUGCAGGGUUAAGAGUAGUGGGAGUUGGCACCCAGACCACUCCAAUGGGCAGACGUGGUCUGGGUGCCUGGAGUGUCCCUUUAAUUCUGUGACAUGUAGGAAUUAGUUUGUUUUGUGAAUUCUGCCCUAACCACACCCUCAGAGCAUGCUCUGUACACCAAAACCACUUAACUAAGCUAAAGUUGUUUUGGUGCUUAGAGUGUCCCUCCAAGGUUAUAGUAGUAUUGUAUGUUUGUACAGAAAUAUGGUGCCAACAUAAAAUGGUUUUUUUUUAUGUAUUUUUUUUUAAAUUGUAUGAUCUAUUCCUUGUCUCUUUGGUAAUGACUAAUAUAGUUCUAGUGUUAAUUAUUGAACAGAAUAGCGUAAAGUAUUUAUAUUUCUAACAGACGAAAUGCUGCUGGGAGAUAUUUGUUUUGUUUGGACUGUCUAGAGCUGCCCUUUAAAUGAACACCCAAGCACCAUAACCACUCUAGUACUUUGUAGUGGUUAUAAUGCUUGGAAUACCCAGUGCCCCCCCUCAAUGUAAGUUUUAAGCACGGUUUGACCUCUUACCUGAGGGAUGGUGGUUCUUCCCGCCUCCAUGACAGCCUUCAAGACUUCUUGAACCUGUUUGUGAGAGUUAAGCCUGUCAGUGCUCUCAGUCAUGAGCUCAUCCUGCACUGCAGCACUUAGCUCAGGAGAGUUAACUCAAGCUCCAGCUCUCUGAUGGAAGUAGUGGAGGCGGGGAGCAGCACCAGAGGAACCCAGGUAAGAGCGCAGCACUGGUUAUGAUGCUUGGAAUGUUCCUUUAACCAUCGGUGUAUCCACGUAACACUAAACAAAGGUUUCUUAUAUCUUAACUGGGAUAUGGAGCUGUGCCCCUAACCAUUUUAUUAAAAACGGUGCUAUUAUGACAAUGGCAGUACAAUGACCCUAUGUACUACUAAAUACACAUUACACCUGCUCUAUAAUGACAAUCAGCAUUUUGGCAGCACCAUUAAAAGGAUACCUAAUUUAAUUAUUGACACAUAUAUCCCAGCAGUCCUUAUUUGAUUUACAUAAGGAGAGUUAAUGUUAUUUAUGAACAGUGAUAUUUGGAUAUUAAAAUAGUUUUACAUUAGAAGUGUUUAUAUUACUAAUGGAACUAAAUGCUACAAAUGUAUUUAUUUGAUAUGUUUUCCAAGUACUGCUGUUUUCGUUUUAAUGCACAGUAAAUCAUAGUUUGUGUUGUUUUAUUUGUGGUUGUGUACAUCUUGUAACUUCUGCAAGGUUUGUUCGAUGUUGUCUGUACAUAUUGCAAAAUUACAUAUUUUUGU